UGUUGGGUUGGUGUGGAGCAGUACCACUACUUUGUUUAUUUUUAUAUUGAACUGAAAAACGCGUGAUAAAUUACGCGUUUUGAUUUCUAUGUGCACGAUGAAAUAAUUUAAAAUCAAGAUGUCUAAUCAAGUAGGUGCGUUCGUUGCGGGACUAAAGUCCCGCAAUGUCGAUGUUCAAAUCAGGACGGCCCGUGAGCUUUAUCAUUUUGCGAAGACGGAACUCCGAGAAGUCCCACAGGAGGAAUUGACUCAAUUCCUCGACGAAUUUAACCACCAGAUCUUCGAAAUGGUUUCCAGUAAUGAUGUCCAUGAGAAAAAAGGAGGUGUUUUAGCAAUAGUGUGCCUCAUUGGUGGUGAUUGUGAUACGACUAAAACGCGAAUUACCAGAUUUGCAAACUAUCUUCGGAACCUACUACCUUCUUCUGAUGUCGGUGUUAUGGAACUUGCCGCUAAAACUGUCGGCCGCCUUGCUACAGUGUCCGGCGUCAAACGAGCAGAAUAUGUUGAGUUUGAAGUUAAAAGAGCAUUUGAGUGGUUGUCUGAAGAGAGAAAUGAAGGUAGACGCCAUUCAGCUGUAUUGUUGCUGAAAGAGUUAGCUAUAGCUAUGCCCACUUAUUUCUACCAACAAGUAUCAGGAUUCUUUGAUCACAUUCUUGUCGCAUUGAAGGAUCCAAAGCCUCAAAUUCGUGAAGCUGCAGCAAAGGCUUUAAGAGCAGGUUUAGUAGUGACUGCGCAGAGAGAAACAGCCAAACAAUCAACUGCCAAACCACAAUGGUACAUGCAGUGCUAUGAAGAAGCAAUGCUGUCCUUUGAUGAAAUUCCAGCAAAAGAAAAGGGCAUUACCAAAGAAGAUAGAGUCCAUGGAGGCCUGUUAAUCUUGAAUGAGUUGCUGAGAUGCUCCAAUGCUGUGUGGGAGAAAAAGUAUUCGUAUCUAAUGCAGAGUCUAGAUUCCCAGAAAGACAUCACAGUGUCUGACGAUAUUAUUUUUAUAAGCACUAAGUUACACAGUCCAUCAGUAAAGAGAGGAUAUUUGUGUGAUGGCUUCAAGACUGAAAAUGUUACAUACCCAGUUCCUAUUUAUGAAUCUGAAGUUUGCCGUAGACUUCUUACUAAGAGAUUUGAAAGAAUUUGCAAAGAUGUUAUGAACCAACGCUUCCUCAAAACCCAAGGAGUUCCUCAAAUUCUCUUUGUGAUUAUUCCACGACUAGCUGCAUUUAACAAAGAGUUUUUCCUAAAUAAAUACCUCACUUCUACUAUGAGCUACUUGCUCUCUUGUCUACGUAGUAGAGAAAAAGAUAGGAACAUGGCAUUCACUACACUGGGACUUAUGGCUGCUGCUAUAGAAGAUGACAUAAAGAACUAUAUUCCCUGCAUUAUGGAUGUCAUCAAACAAACACUGCCUGUUAGAGACACACAAACUAAAAAGAGGAUUUGGAUUGAUCCUUCAAUUUUUGCCUGCAUAACUUUACUUGGGAGUGCAGUGAAAGAUCUAGUCACCACCGACAUUAAAGAGUUGCUAGACGCCAUGUUUGCUACUGGCCUGAGUCCUUCUCUCACAAUCUGCCUCAGAGAGUUGAGCAACAAUAUACCUUCCUUAAGAGCAGAAAUAUCGGAAGGUCUGCUAAAUAUGCUUUCUCUUGUUUUAAGAAAUAAACCAUUCUUACAUCCAGGUGUGCCGAGAAGUUUGGAACAGCAGAUGAGUAACAUGAGUUUAGUAAUGGAACCCCAAGAUACUGCUAGCAUUGUUCUAGCUUUAAGAACUCUUGGAUCAUUUAAUUUUGAAGGGCAGCACAGCUUGCUUACUUUUGUAAGGCGCUGUGCUGACCACUUCUUGCAGAGUGAACAACAGGAAAUUAGAUUAGAGGCAGUGAAAACUGCUGCAAAAUUAUUGGCGGAUUCAAUGAUUAGGACUAUGAAAACUCCUUCAAGGACUCUCACUCUGCUGACUGCAGAAGUGGUGGGCAAGUUGCUGGUUGUUACUGUAACAGAUCCAGAUUACGAAGUUCGAUACUGGGUACUGGAGUCCCUAAACAAUAUGUUUGAUAUACAUUUAGCUCAAAUUGAGAAUUUGAGUUUUCUUUUCAUGGCCAUGAAUGAUGAGCAUUUGGCUAUAAGAGAACUUGCAAUCUGUACUGUUGGCCGAUUGAGUGUAGUUAACCCAGCUUAUGUCAUGCCGGGGCUACGCAAGACAUUGAUACAGUUUCUAACUGAACUAGAACACUCUGGAAUGAGUAGAAACAAGGAACAAGCGGCCAGAAUGUUGGACAAUCUCAUUCGUCAUGCUCCAAAGCUAAUAAAACCUUAUAUGGAGACAAUUUUGAAUGUACUGGUGCCAAAACUCAGAGAAUCAGACUCAAAUCCUGGUGUGGUCAUAAGUGUUUUGAAAGCUAUUGGUCACUUGGCUGAUGUCCAUGGUGAUAACAGUGGUCUCAAGAAAUGGCUACCAGACUUACUGAGCAUUCUUUUGGAGUUGUUAUCUGAUGCAAGUGCAACAGAAAAAAGGAGCGUUGCUCUUUGGGCGUUUGGUCAAUUGAUCGGCGCUACAGGUCACGUCGUCACUCCUUACACUGAGUAUCCCACCCUCAUGGAUGUCCUGUUGAAUUUCCUCAAGACUGAACAGCAACCAAAAGAUAGGAGAGAAACCAUUCGUGUUUUGGGAUUGUUAGGAGCUUUGGAUCCUUACAAACAUAAAAUUACAAGAGGUUUGAUUGGCGAAAAGCCUGAUUCCAGCUUAGUACCUGUUGCAGAUAGCAAAGCCGAAGAGAAUAAUUUCGAUAUGACGACAAGUGAGAUGCUAGUGAAUAUGUCGUCCACCGUCUUGGAUGAAUACUAUCCAGCCAUAGUUAUAUCGACGCUUAUGAGGAUCCUGAGAGACCCCACACUGCAACAACAUCAUACUAGUGUUGUCCAAGCUGUCACCUUCAUUUUCCAGUCUCUGGGUAUCAAGUGCGUGCCUUACAUAUCUCGAGUUACGCCAAGCCUGCUUUACGUGGCGAGGGCAACCGACAACAAUACCUUUAGAGAAUUCCUAUUUACUCAACUAGCUAGAUUAAUUGCGAUUGUGAAGCAGCACAUUCGCAAUUAUUUGGACAAAAUAUUCGAUUUGAUCAGAGAGUUUUGGACACCUAAUAGUUCACUACAACCUACAUUGAUUCUUUUGGUGGAGUACAUCGCGGUUGCUCUUGGAUCAGAAUUUAAAGUGUACUUGCCCCAGUUGAUGCCACAGGUUUUGCGAGUUCUGGCACACGAUACGAGUAAAGACAGAAUAGUCACUGAGAAACUUCUGUAUGCCCUACAAAAGUUCGAAGACAACUUGGAUGACUACAUGCAUCUAGUCAUACCGUCAAUAGUCAAGUUAUUUGAUGCGACAGACUGUCCAAUCGGCGUGGCCAAAGUGGCCAUGGAGACGGUGGACUACCUGUCUGACACUCUAAAUUACGGUGAACUAAUUUCUAGAAUAAUCCAUCCUCUAGUCAGAAGUCUAGACACCUGUGCACAACUGCGACCAACUGCGAUGGACACUUUAUGUGCUAUUAUAGUACAGCAAGGACGCAAGUUCACUGAUUUUAUACCAUUGGUACAAAAAGUGGUGGGUAAGCACAAAAUACAGCAUCAAAACUACGAAUUACUAUUAUCUCGAAUGCAGUCUAGCCAAAAUUUGGCUAUGGAUGAGUUCCUACAAAGCACUAGAAGGAGACCACGAAAUAAUAACCAGGAGGCUCGAAUCGGUUACACCUGCGAUACUUCGCAAUCCAUACGCAAGUUGUGUGUUAAUGCGCACAAUCUGAAGCUGGCGUGGACAGUCAGCAGCCGAGUGUCGAAAGAUGAUUGGCUGGAGUGGCUUCGACGAUUUAGCAUUGGAUUACUGACAGAGUCACAUAGCCCUGCACUGAGGGCCUGUCUGGCGUUAGCACACAACUACUCACAACUUCUCCGGGAUUUAUUCAACGCGGCCUUCGUCUCUUGCUGGACAGAACUUGACAAGACGUCUCGCCAAGAGCUGUCGAACGCUCUAGAACAAGCCCUCACGGCCCCCGACGCGCCCGAGCUGGCGCACACCGUGCUGAACCUCGCCGAGUUUAUGGAGCACUGCGAGGGUGGCGCCCUGCCUAUAUCGACGCACCUGCUAGGCGAGAGGGCGAUGCAUUGCAGAGCCUAUGCAAAAGCUCUCCACUACAAGGAAGAAGAAUUCCGUAACGGCGCUACAUCUCAAGUAGUAGAGGCUUUAAUCCAUAUCAACAACAAACUACAACAGAAAGAGGCCGCCGAAGGGCUUCUCGAAAGAGUGAUGGCACAGCGUGAAGCUGGAGACACCAGCCUGAAAGUACAAAUACGGUGGUAUGAGAAACUACACAACUGGGAGAAAGCUCUUGACUUAUACGGCGAGAAACUAAAUGUUGAUAUGGGCGAUAUGGACUCGUAUCUGGGUGAGUUGCGUUGUUUCGAAGCUCUGGGAGAAUGGGUGGAGCUUUAUAAUACCGUAUCCAAGAAAUGGGUUAAAAUGACCAAUGAAGAAAAGUGCAAAGCUGCGCGUUUAGCCGCCGCGUCUGCUUGGGGUCUCAACGAAUGGGACUCCAUGGCCAAGUAUGUCAGAUUCCUCCCAGAAAAUACACAAGACGGUGCAUUCUACAGAGCAGUUCUCAACAUUCAUAACGGAGAAUUUGAACUAUCUAAACAGUACAUCGAUCAAGCACGAACUUUACUCGAUUCUGAGCUGACGGCAGUCGCCGGUGAAAGUUAUCAGAGAGCAUACGGUGCGCUUGUUAACGCUCAGCUGCUGGCAGAAUUAGAAGAAGUAAUCACUUACAAGUCAGUUGUGGAGAGGAGAGAGUCUAUAAGACAAGCGUGGUGGACACGACUGCAGGGUGGACAGAGGCUGGUGGAAGACUGGCGCAGAAUUCUACAAGUUCGUAGUUUAGUUCUGACGCCGCAAGAAGAUAUGGCCACAUGGCUCAAGUUCGCCUCACUCUGCAGGAAGAGCGGCGCUCCGCGACAAGCUCAUAAGACUUUGGUAAUGUUGUUGGGAACAGAUCCUAGCAAGAAUAAAGAUAUGCCACUGCCUACACACGAGCCAAGACUAACUUUAGCGUACGCCAAACAUUUGUGGGUAGCUGGUGACAAGCAGUUGGCAUACGACCAGCUACAACGGUACGUCGACUCUACGGAAACAGGCGACCCGGAGCACUGCCGACUGCUUGCACGGUGUCACUUGAAACUAGGAUCGUGGUGUGAAUCCCUACUUGGUAUUAAUGAGCUCUCUAUUCCCGAAAUCCUACGAAACUACGCAGCUGCUACGGACCUAUCUUCUGAUUGGUAUAAAGCCUGGCACGCGUGGGCGUACAUGAACUUUGAGACUGUUCUAUUCUACAAACAUCAGGAUGCUAAUGCAGGCCAAUCGGAAAGGCGUCCCUCGCCGGAGUGUAUACAGCAACAUACCGUGCCUGCCGUGGAAGGAUUCUUCAAGUCCAUUAAAUUAUCUCACGGUAGUUCGCUACAAGACACUUUGAGAUUGUUGACUUUGUGGUUUGAUUAUGGUCACUAUCCAGCUGUUCACGAGGCGCUCGUUGAAGGCAUUCGGACGAUCGAGAUUAAUGUCUGGCUCCAAGUGAUCCCGCAGCUUAUUGCUAGGAUCGACACGCCGCGAGCAUUAGUUGGAAAGCUGAUUCAUUCCCUAUUAAUAGAUAUCGGCAAGUCACAUCCUCAAGCUUUGGUAUAUCCCUUAACGGUGGCUUCGAAGUCAUCGUUCAUCGCUCGGAAGAAUGCUGCGAAUCAGAUUUUGAAGUCAAUGUGUACCCAUUCUAAUAACUUGGUAAACCAGGCUGCUAUGAUUUCCGAGGAGCUGAUCAGAGUGGCUAUUUUGUGGCACGAACAAUGGCAUGAAGCUUUGGAAGAAGCUUCCAGAUUGUACUUUAACGAGAACGAUGUGAAUGCAAUGUUUAAGACAUUGGAACCGCUGCACGCGAUGUUGGAGCGGGGCCCGCAGACACUGAAGGAAGUCUCGUUCACUCAGGCGUACGGAAGAGAUCUGAAUGAGGCACAAGAGUGGUGUAACCGAUAUAAGUUGUGUUUUCCUAUCAGUUCAGUAACGAUUUAUAAACUUGUCCAGGAGUCGGGUCAAGUCCGCGACCUGAGCCAAGCGUGGGACCUGUACUACCACGUGUUCCGGCGCAUCAGUAGGCAGCUGCCGCAACUAACGUCGCUAGAGUUGCAGUAUGUGAGCCCGCGCCUGCUUAACUGCCGCGACCUGGAACUCGCGGUGCCCGGCUCUUAUGUGCCUGACCAGGACCUCAUCCGUAUCGCUAACAUACAGAGUAGUCUGCAGGUAAUCACGUCGAAGCAGCGCCCUCGCCGUCUAUGUAUCCGUGGCUCCAACGGCAAGGACUACAUCUUCCUACUGAAGGGUCACGAGGACUUGCGCCAAGACGAGCGAGUGAUGCAGUUAUUCGGUCUUGUGAAUACUCUGCUGCAGGCUGACCCUGAUACCUUCCGAAGAGAUCUUGCUAUUCAACGAUACGCCGUCAUACCGCUUUCAACUAAUUCUGGCCUGAUUGGAUGGGUACCUCAUUGUGACACCCUGCAUUCGUUAAUAAGAGAUUAUCGAGAAAAGAGAAAGUGCCUGUUAAAUAUCGAGCAUCGAAUUAUGCAAAGGAUGGCUUCCGAUUUGGACAAACUGAUGUUAAUGCAAAAGGUGGAAGUCUUUGAACACGCUCUAGAGCAUACGGCAGGUGACGACCUUGCCAAGUUACUCUGGUUGAAGAGUCCAUCUUCCGAAGUGUGGUUCGAGCGUCGAACUAACUACACUCGGUCGUUGGCUGUCAUGAGCAUGGUGGGCUACAUCCUGGGACUUGGCGACCGACAUCCCUCCAACAUUAUGUUGGACAGAGUCACCGGCAAGUUUUUACACAUCGACUUUGGAGACUGCUUUGAAGUAGCCGUCACUAGGGACAAAUUCCCUGAGAAAAUACCCUUCAGACUGACAAGAAUGCUCAUUAAUGCUAUGGAGGUGACGGGUAUUGAGGGCACGUACCGUCGCACGUGUGAAUCUGUGAUGGAAGUGCUGCAUCGUCACAAGGACAGCGUGAUGGCUGUACUAGAGGCGUUCGUAUACGAUCCUCUACUAAACUGGAGGCUAAUUGACGCUGGUCGGCGGUCCCGAGCUGAUGCAGAAGUCUGUUCCACGUCAGAUCCGACCUCCUCACCACAACCGAGCAGGAACAGAAUACAUAUAGGGUUGAACGACACCCUCGACCAACCAGCGGAAACGAAUUUGAACAAGCGAGCCCUCGCCAUCGUCAAUCGAGUGAGGGACAAGCUGACCGGCCGAGACUUCCCCCACAUCGACGAGAUAGUCUCCGUGCAGAAACAAGUCGACCUGUUAAUACAACAAGCCACCAGCAAUGAGAACCUCUGCCAAUGCUACGUUGGCUGGUGUCCGUUCUGGUAAUACCAAAGGAUUUUAUAAUCGAAGUUUUUUAUCUUAGUCUAGCGAUAUCGUAAGCAUUAUUUCUCGUUUAUAUCAGUCGAAUAUACCUCUGGGAAUGUUAAGCACAUAAUUUUGAAUGCAGCUAGUGACUUAGAACAUUUAGUUUUAGGUUUCAAAGUCACACAAGUAUACAUAUUAUAUAAACGUUCGUCCGUAUUUCACGAUCCAAGUGCCUAAUUGAGUACGAUUGUACUGUACGUGUGGUUGAAAUCGGACGCCAAUACAGCUAAGGGCUGUUAUUAGAAACUCUAACAACUAAAAUGCAUUUAAUGAUAACUAGCAUUUAGUUUAACUCAUUUACAAUUAAGGUAUAAAAUAUAGGGAUAGAUAAAUAUACACUAUAUUUAGAA